UCGCCCGAUACGGCGCCUAUUCGGAGGAUGAUAUCAAUGUCCCACAAGGAGUCAGACCGACCCCGCGCAUAGAUCAAGGCUGAGCCAAACUACCAUAAAGCAAGCUCAGCAGCACACACAAAGGAGAGGAUGUUGGAGGUGGCAGCCCUGGGACAGCAUCAAUAGUUUCAGUCAUCACGCACCGGCUGAACAUCGCAUCGACGUCGGCUCCUACCGUUGCAGGUCUUGGCCCCUAUCGAGCUGACAUUCACUAACUAUUCGAACUCGUGAUGGCCGCCGCGGACGAAGUAGCGGAUGAGUCAAACUCCCAACGCAGAUGGGGGCUCCCGGAAGGCGUAGACGAAGAUAUACCAAACGGGGACCCGGAACCCACAGCAGGGCCAGCAGAUGUGGACGACAGUAGCACAGUCCAAGGACCGCUCGACCGAUUACCCAAUCCCCAAAACACUCAAUCCGUGUACCAAAAGAGCAAAUGGCAUGAUAGGCCCCGUGUUACAGAGACGCCUUUCAACGCUCCAUGGGCCUCUCAAAUCGCGCAGGAGCAAACAAGCUUCCUGACUUCUACAUAUGAAGGUCACAACCCCUAUCGACCAACAGAUAUACCCUCGCUAUCGUCAUCUGUUACAGCAUCGGGAUCUACUACGACGGGCACGGGAGACCCAAAAGCCACCCGAAUACCGCCACUGGGAGGCAGCAAGCCUGGCGGCUUCAACGGUAUCAAUGGCGGUAGAGCCGUCGUGGCCGGGAUGGUUAUCGGUGCAAUCAUAGUCCUUGUGGCCCUACUGAUCGCCUUUUGUUGUCUAGCAAGAAGGUCGAGGUCGAGAAAGCGACGAGUGCUGGCAGCAGGCGCUUCGAGGGCAGGAAUGCGGCCAACGGAAACGUUUAGACAUGAAGGCUCUUCACUGAUGACUCCCCUCCCGACGGCGCAACCGAGCUCUGAUGGCGUUCUUCCUGCACAUGCGACUGCCACAACAACUACACAGCCGCUCAUCUUAGGGCCCAUUACGAAUGGCUACAACACGGGUUUAGACAGCCAAAGCAUCCUCUCAGGACGUCAGGGGAGUCUUCUGACGGAUCCGUUUGCGGACAUACACAGCGUUAGUUCCGAAAUCCCUCCGUCAUAUCAAGCCAGCAGACCUCCAUCUUAUCGGACGGAUCCGACUCCUUCUGUCGCGAUGAGUGAUGAGCCCCCGAGCAGUGCGGCAUCGCACCAACCUGGCUUGCGCAGGCCAUUCACAACAGAGGCCGAAAGCCAGCGUUACAGCACGGUUGAGAGAGCCGAUAUUGGGCAGUCGCCUUUCGCACAUGCAGAUGAUGGCGACGCUGUUUCCGAGUUGUCGGCCUCUGCGCUGGAAAGAGGUCGGGAUAGCCUGUCGGUGGUGUCUGAGAUGUCCUAUCAACAGGACCCCAUCAGGAUUCGGUUUGGUGUUAUUGCCGGGCGUCCGAGAACGGAUUGAAGUAUUUGGUUUCGGCUCCUUCUGGCGCAUCCUCUUGACGCUUUCGAAUUGGAUUGUCAGUAUCCUGAGGCUUCUUGGUACAUAUGGGGAAAUAUUGAAUGCUGGCAUGCCAACAAUUAUGGAGCCCUAGAGGUGUUUGGCGACUAC